GGCCUUCUGAGCCUCUCCAACGAGCUUCUGCGCGAGAUCCUCGACCACAUCGAGGCCGAUCCGGAGAAACUCGUCAAUCUCGACCGCCGCGCCUAUCUCUCGCAGGAAAGCUUCAAGCCCCCGCCACUGCCGGCCCCGAACCAGGCCCAGGACGUCGGCCAUUUCCGCCUCACGUGUAAGAGGUUUUCCGAAUUAGGCGCCAUCCAUCAAUUUGCCCGCGUCACGACCCGAUUCUCGCGCAAGGGCUUCAAGCGGCUGGAGAACAUUGCGGGCCAACCCCAUCUUUCCCAGCAUGUCAAGAAGUUCAGUUACAUGGUGCCGUACUUCUACGUAGAGGGAAGAGAGCGCGUUCAGCAGCUUUUGCCGACCUUGCAGGAUAGUCUGGGCUUAUUGGAUGUGCGGCAUUUCGUACGGAAGAUCAACGAACAGAAAGAGUUGGUGGCAACGGGAGAAGACGAACGCGUAUUAAAGAAAGCCCUCUCGGCUUUUACCUCUCUGCAGCACGUUCAGAUCCUUCGAGUUCAAGACCAAGAGACGGGCGCGCUCAUAUCCUACAUCCGCCAACAUGACAACCUCAAUCAGUUUGUCGAGUUACGGUGGGAUCCGGCCUGUUCACACAGCGCCAAAACCAUUGGCGCCGCAUUGUUGGCCUCCAAAUCACCUUGCUCGCGGUUCUCGUCGCCAAUGCUCAGCCCGCAAAGCGCGAUCGUGCUGGCAGCGCAUCCGCCGCAGGCGUUUACCUCGUUAGCGGAGCGGCUGACAUGUCUGGAGCUGCAUUUUGAUGAUGGCUCGGACCUGGACGCCAAAAUGCGGGAACUCUCAGGCCUCUUUCACACCGUCUUUACAGCGGCCAAAAACAUGCAAGCAGUGCAUGUAGGAUUCCCCUCACACAGACCCCUGAGCUUGAGGCUAGAGGAAAUCUUCCACAAUGUACGCUGGGAUAAACUUCUGGCAUUUGGUAUUCAGGCUUGGAAACUGGAUGCAGACGAGAUCAUUGCUCUCGCCCAGCGGCAUCGGGAUCGUUUGAAGGGCCUUCGACUACGCGAUGUUCUUUUGAAGGAUGGCAGCAUGUGGAAGGACGUUCUGGCUUACCUGCGCGAUGACAUGUUCCGGCUAGACUGGGUAUCCCUGCGACGCAUCGGUUAUGCGAAACAUUUCGAUGAGCAGUGGGCCGUCGCCGGCGCCGAGGUUCCAGAUGAUCCACCCGGAGGCGCUAGCGAAAGCGACGACGAAAGCGAUAUCGACGACUGGGACCCGCACGCUGGAGCAGAUAUGGCUGGUUAUGACAGUUCACUCGGUGAAGAGACGGACCCUAGCGAUUCGGAAAACGAGCGUUCGGAUGACGACAACGGACCUGAAGAGGAGGGAAUGGACUUCCCAAUGAUCUCGCCUGAUACGCCGUCUUCCGUCCCCUGGUGCAAUUGUGGAAGAAAUUCGUUCCUCGAGAGCCCCGAAGCGCUGGGCGACGACGGAAUUUUCGUUUCCAAUGCGCAACGGAAAUUGUGGGAAAAGUGGGUUGUGAGGAGAUGUCCCGAGCACAGCGGGAAAUAG